AUGCAGAUUCAAGCAAUCGUACUCGCCUUGGUCGCCACGACCUACGCUACGGAAAAGUUCCUCCCGAGCCACGCCGAAGUGCAUGCUGGCGGUACCACAACCGAAGACUGGUCGUACUGCCCAGACGAAAACGGAUGUUGCUCGGAUGGUAAGACGUUUUACCGCUGCAAGAACUUCUGUGCAGCUGGUAGUUCCUGCACUAUUUUUGCUACCGGGUCUUCUUGCUAG